AAAUAGCGCUUAGCACCGCCCUCAAUGCGCACGUGCUAUUUCCAUCAGAUUUAAUUUCCUUCAGGAAGCUAAUCAUCUGUCGCCCGUAAGAAAGUGUUAUUUUAUCAUGUUCUCAGCUAAAUUCUUCUAAGAGCAGUUUACUCCUCUUCAGAGGACACGAUGAGCUACAGGAGAUGGAUCGAGCCGUGUUGACAGGUCCAUCGCAGGAGGAGACACUCAUGACAGACUGGGAUCCAAAUGAUGUCUUCAAAAGAUUUGACCCUUGUUGUCUGCUGACCCCGCCUCCCCCUCCUUUGUUCCCGCCUCCUCUUAAUGUCUGGAAUAGAGAGCCUACCUUGCCUAGUCGUGUGGAGGUGACGAGCGUAAGAGAGGAGGUUGUGAAGGUGAAGGAACUCUGUGUGGCAGGACCACCAGGACCUCCUGGACCCGUUGGACCACAGGGUCGCAGUGGCAUCCCAGGGAUGGGGGGGCCCAAAGGAGAUAAGGGUGACAUUGGACGACCAGGGUCCAAGGGCUUGCCAGGCUAUAAGGGUGAGAAGGGAGCACGGGGGAUUCCGGACCCACAGGUCCAAAAGGAGACAAGGUUAGAGAUGAAAGAUGCAAUCAAAUCAGUUUCUACACCUUAG